AUGUCGUUAUUUAAAAUCACGUUCUUGGCUUUUCUGUCUGUCGUUUCGUCGGAGUUCCUUUGGAAACAUCACAAUAACGAGGAGUUGCAGUUGGUUUUGGAAGAAAUUCACGAAAAGUGUCCUAAUGUUACUAGAGUUUACGCACUAACUGAGCCAUCUGUUAGAAAUGUGCCUCUAUACGUUAUUGAGUUUUCGGACAGCCCCGGAUUCCAUCAACCUUACAAACCGGAAGUGAAAUAUGUCGGAAACAUUCACGGCAACGAAGUGCUCGGCCGGGAACUAUUAUUGGGAUUAGCUGAUUAUCUUUGCAAUCAAUAUUUGAAUCACGACCGCCGCAUUAGAACCCUUAUUCACAAUACUAGGAUUCAUUUAUUACCAGCUAUGAACCCUGAUGGCUGGCAAUUAUCCACAGAUACAGGUGCACAAGAUUACCUGAUAGGAAGGAAUAACAACCACUCCGUGGAUUUAAAUAGGAACUUCCCAGAUUUGGAUGCGAUUACAUUCGAAUUUGAACGUCAAGGCAUAAGCCAUAAUAACCAUUUGUUGAAGGAUCUCACCCGCCUCGCCGCGCCAUUAGAACCUGAAACUCGGGCAGUAAUGAGAUGGAUGAUGGCGGUGCCUUUCGUGUUGAGCGCUGCCCUUCAUGGGGGAGACCUGGUCGCAAACUAUCCAUACGACGAGAGCCGCAGUGGGGCUCCGGUCUCAGAGUACUCUGCUAGUCCAGAUGACGAUACUUUCAGGGAACUCGCGAUGACAUACGCAGAAGCUCACGCAGAUAUGGCCGACCCCAAACGAACAGGCUGCCCAGUGUCGAACACAGACUCCUCUACCUCCUAUAACUUUGGUAAACAGGGAGGCGUCACUAACGGAGCAGCUUGGUACAGCUUGAAAGGAGGCAUGCAAGACUUCAGUUAUCUAGCCACCAACGCAUUCGAGGUAACUCUAGAACUGGGCUGCAAGAAGUACCCACCAGCUGAAGAGUUGGAGAGAGAAUGGCACAGGAAUCGGGAAGCGCUACUCGAGUUUAUAAGCAAGGCACACGUCGGGGUGAAGGGUAUCGUGAGCGAUGACUCCGGUUUCAUCCAGAACGCAAUUAUAUCCGUGGUGAAUAUAACUGGACCAGUGCCAAGACCGAUUCGACAUGAUGUAACUACAGCCGCAUACGGUGACUACUACCGUCUGCUAACUCCUGGUCAUUACGAGGUGACUGCCAGUCAUCCAGGAUACUUCCCGGUCUCACGAGUGGUUACGGUCCCGCAUCACCAGACUGUUGCUAAAAUCCUUAACUUCAAAUUAGAGCCGACAACCAGCUGGUUCGACGAUUACACUACAUUUGGGCUAUACCCGUACGGACUGAGGGAUGGUCAGCCAAGGAUAUACAAACGGUCCAUAUACGAACAGGUCACUAAUAUGUUUUUAGAUAAAAAGGAAACGCCGAAACAAUAA